CAGCCCAAAGCUACCAGUACCUGACUUGCGGACUUGCGGUCUUAUGCGAAUUGGUCGAUUUGCGCAGAAAGAAGGUUGAAGAGACGAAGCGAGUUGUGAGUUGGGACGAAGCCACGAACACCAGGCACCAACCGACCUACGGCCAGAUUCCGCGCUGCCGUCCACGCAUCCAGAGCCCUGCACCCCUGCGUUGUCCGUCUUCCCUCUCCAGCCUCUAGCCUUGCGAUUGUGCAAUUAUGUUCUUUUAACUGCUUUAUAGUCAUCAUAGUUUGGGUGCUCAACAGAAUCUGCAUUUGGGUAAUUAGAAAAUGGCGAGUGCUCUAGCAAGUAAGGCAGCAUUGGGGGAUCGAAUGUCUGCCUUAUUCAGGCUGUCUUGCAGCUCCUUGAGAUAUUUGAGCACCUCUCCCAAGCCAGCGGUUGCACCUGACCUGAAGAAGCCAAAUUUGAAAAAGAAGAAGAAGAAGAACCUCUUUGAGGUGGUGCAGUUCUUGCCAAACUGGGGAAUCGGCUAUCAGUUGGCUAAAACUCACUGGACCGAUGUUUCCUAUCGAAUCACCAAGAUCAAUCUUUACAAGAGUGGAACACACGGAAAGGCUUGGGGCAUUGCUCAUAAAGAUGGCAGUCCGAUUGCCGAAGCACCCAAAAAAAUUAGCGGGGUCAACAAACGCUGCUGGAGAUACAUACCAAACUCACACAAAGCUGAAGAAUGCACCCCGAAGCAUGAAGUUCAGUCUGCCUAGUUUCGCUCAUAUCCUUCAUGGAUCAACUGCAUCAUUGUUCAUGACUUGAAAGUGGUGUGUGUCUAUUGAAAUUUUAUACGUCAGGGAAUUGCCUCAUAGAAUGGAGUCCUAAGCAAUCAGAGUUAAUGUUUUUUUGUUUGGUCUUUAUUAGCAUUCAGAAAUGAAUAACUGAGCAUACUUGUUGUGAAGCUAUUUUCAAGAAAAAGUCAUUGUUCAUAAUUGGGAUUGCAUUAAUAAAAAAAAAAGUAUCCUCCGUAUCAUCUUCGUAAUUUUUGGAUCACAUCAUAUAUGCAUGUCUUCUCGUACUUUGAGGAUGCGCCUUGUUGCGCCAUUGGUUC